UUCAACAACAUCCACAAAGCCCAGGCUGCCUUCCCCAGUCUCCAAGAUCAGAAUUGGGAGAGGGCUUCUACGCACCACCAAACCAUGCCGGGCAGCAUCCGAGUCUCAGCGUCGCUGCUGCGUCUCGUCAAAAAGAAAAAGAGAUCACACUGCUCUAUCUUUUGCUGUGCAGACAUUCAGCCACCGGUCGCCGCUCCACUCUUCUUGCAAGUUAACCUCGGGAAAAAAGAGUACAGCGGAUAUAUAGGACAAGAUGGCUUCUCUUUUCCAGUUACAUCACUUCGUGAUAGCAUGGUGUUGUCGCUGUACGAUGCAGACAAGGAAUUGGUAUCCAAAACAGAAUUGAAGACAAGGUCGAUUGUCGAGCAGGGGAGUACGGAUGUUGUGUUUAGCCUUGAUAGUGGAGGGCAAAUUGUUCUCCAAUUGCAGUUCUUGCUCAGUGAUGAAGAUCGCAAACGCAUCCAAGAAAUGAGGAACUCUGCGAUGAAAAGAAAGCAGCAAGAGCUGUUUGGGAAUGGCGACGAACUUUCUUUCCAAGACAACACACCACCUAAAGAGCAGGCAGAAGAGAUCUCCGACAUCACAAGCACAGAAGACCGACUCACGCUCCGGAAGAGCAUGUCGAUGGAUGAUCUGAAAGGGAAGGCUGUCUUUUCCGAAAUAAGCAUAGAUACGAAUAUGGCGUCUCCAAAGAACCCGCCGUUGCAAACUUCGACGUCCGAAGGCCCCAUUGACAUAAAGGGUCUACCGCCGAAAAGUGACAUUGGCUCUAAGAGAGGGCAGGGUGAACUGGAGAGCAGGUCGAGCAGCGCGGUGAAGAAGAUGAUCAGCGCCUUCGAGAGCAGCUCUCUGCAGGGACCGCCUUCGGUGCCAAUGAUCAAGUUGGAAGGGUCGUUGGAAGGGAUGCUAUCGGCUUCCACCAAUCCUCCAGACAAGUCAUCUGGCAAAGUGACCGUUACUUCUGGUGAUAUAGGUUCUGAGUCGCGGUUAGGAAGGCACAUCAUCAACAAGAAACCAAGCGCGUCUAGACAGGGCGAUUUGUUGAAUGCUCAGGAGAGCAGAAGACGGGGUUCCAGCAGGCGCGACAGAGCAGCCAAGACGAGCAUGGGAGAGAAUGCAGAAAAGCAAAAUCACCAUCGUCGCUCCAUCGCUCCAAUGCGUUCGGGGGUGACAUCUAGCAUCGCCUGGACUGGCCACCCCCACAUCUGCAUCACCACCGGGAGCAGGCAGCUGAAAGACCUCGUCGGGCUUAAGCACCUGAAUUCGAUGAAGAACAUAGAGCAGAGCGCAAGGGAAGAAGACACCAAACAAGGCACAAGCAACGACGACGCGGUGGGCUCCAAGCGGCGGCGAUUUUACGGGUUCCCUGCACUAAAUGGGUGGCUGAUCAACCAGGGGGUGCGCGGCGUGAUCGUCAUCAUAGCCUGCGGCGCGGUGUUCCUCAACAACAGGUGAAGGAAGGAAGAAGAGGACUUGAUACAAGAAGUUGCGGUCGAUGAGAUUUUCCUCUAGUUAACACUUGUUUGCUGGGAAUGCACCGAAGAGUUUUUCUUUCUUUGGGCAAUGAAAAAAGAGAUUAGGGAGUGAAAGGUAUGUAAAGACAACAUGAUUCUAGAGUAACUCUCUAACACACCCACGAGUGCCUCAUUAUCAAGGCUCUCAAGCACACAGUUUCAAUCAUUGUUGCUGAAACUUUUGUUUUCACGCGACCGUAUUGUGCCAAAUAAGUGAUCAUGUAUAAGGUUUCACGAUGGCUUAAUUUUGGGUACCAUGGACCAAUAUAUUUAUCUAUUUUGAACUC